UAGGGCCUGCCUGGACACGGCCCUGCAGGCCCAGCCCGUGGCCGCGCGACGCGCACUCGGCGCAGGCGCUCGCCUUGGUGCCUCUCCGGGAUUCCCGGCCUGAGGACGCGGCGCGGCCCCGCCACAGGGACGUGCAGUCGGCGCAGAACGCCAUGGAACGCCGCUGUGGUGUCUCGUAGAGGCCCCCGCCCCACCACGCCCCGCCCCGCCCCGCCACGCCCACCGGCAACCCACGCAGAAUCGAAGCCGAUUCUUGCCCCGCCUGGAUCCGCCCCUGCCUGGCAGGCCUUGCAGUGUGCACAAUCGCCGCCAGACAGCGUGACACGGGCGGCGCGGCCUUGGAGGCCUUGGAGCACGCCAUCCACACCGCCACGGCCACGUAGGGGAGACGACACGGCCCCAAGAUGCCGCGGAAGCUGCUCAAGUUCCUCAUCCUCUUCGACAACACCAACCUGCUGUACUUCCCCGGCCAGUUCCUCAGCGGCCGGGUGCUGGUGGAGCUGGAGGAGGACACGCCGUCGCUCGGCCUCCACUUCCACGUGAUCGGCGAGGGCGUGGUCAAGCUGCGGACGCCUCGCAGGGACCGGCCCGCUGACCGAGAAAGCUACAUCGACUUCAGGAUGCGACUCCUGGGCGAGCCAGGCUCCGCGCCCGUGGUGCUGUCCCCCGGCAUCCACAGCUUCCCGUUCAAGCUGGGCCUGCCGCUGGGGCUGCCCUCCACCUUCCUGGGCAAGCACGGCUGGGUGCAGUACUACUGCAAGGCGGCGCUCCGCGAGCCGCAGGGCCUGGUGCACAAGAACCAGCAGGUGUUCAUCGUCAUGAACCCCAUCGACCUCAACCUGGAGCCGCCCAUCCUGGCGGUGAGUGGCUUGCAUGGCCUCGACUCCUCGACAGCAAUCCAUUGGUGUCCCCACACACGUUCGGUUCGAGGCCCAUUUAGCGACUCAGAAGCUCUAAACGCGUCUAGAGUUUUGGCCGCCUCCACCGGUCUUCUGGCCCACUAGAAACGGCCCUGCCAACCUCUGUCCCUGUGUCCGCAGACGAUCUCGUACAUGAGCGGCGGCAAGGUGGUCCAGAUGGAGACGAGGGAGUUGGCGUCCCUGCGGCGCGGCAAGAUUCGGCCCGGCCAGUCGGACGAGUGGAACAACCAGCAGCUCUACGUGCCGCCCCUGCCGCCCACCAACCUCAGGGGCUGCCACCUCAUCAAGAUCCAGUACGACGUCUACUUCAUCAUCGUCCCGAAGAGCCUGGAGAAGGAGAUCAAGCUGCAGCUGCCCAUCAUGAUGGCGACGUACCCCCUGCGCUCCAACGACGGCACGCUCCGGCGCAAGCACAACACCCACUACCCGACCACCCUGCCCAUCUUCAGGCCUUGGCUCGAAGAGAAAGCCAUCGAAUAGGCCAGCAAAUUUUGGCCAAGAAUUCAGCGUUAAGCCAUUGGGUUUCGCAAGGCCCAGCCAUAUCACACUUAGACCUCAGGGAUUCUGAGAGUGCAAACUUGAAUCAGUUCAAAGUCAGGAUUGGUGCUAUGAGUAUUUUCCUCAAGAUUUUUGAUGCUUCUUUUGGGGAGCGUACCCUGUUCUCUGUUACCGUUGGCUUGUUUUGAAAAAAAAAUCUUCCUAACAAGUUGGAUGAAAUGUCCGAAACUUUCUCUUCAGGAUUUAUCAUUUGUAAAAUCUAGCUCAUGAAGAUGGAAGGAGUAGCAACCAGGAGUUUCUUGAAAAAACAUAUCCAUUUUAAUUUUAAGACUUUCAUAACACACAUAAUAUAAAUGUGAUGAAGUCACGUAAUAACUAAUUUACAGAUUAUUUGAAUAUCAAAUUUUUUAACCACUGUUUAUGUGGACAAAAACAACACUUACUACUCUUUUUGGUAAAGAAAAAAUUCUGCAAGACUGACCUGAAGUCCUGUACCCCUUCCAAAUGCUACUAGCACCAGUCAACAAAGCAUGCUGUGAAGAGUCAUGGUACUACUAUUGGGGUGAACAACUCAAAAUAAAUUAGGUAACUUAUUUCUCACUUGUUUCCAUUCACUAACAUAUUUUUGAAGCACUGAAGCUCAAAUUCAUUAUAAAUAAACAGUAUGCCAGAACCCAGGAUUGAUGUGCCCUUGUAAACUUUUACUUCCAUUGGCAUAUCAGUCCUAACAGUGAGUGCAGAGCUAUUUGUUGACCCUUGUUCAUUUAAAGUAACUUGACAUCUAGCUCUGCCGAACCAAUACUGUUCCUAUUAUUAAUUAAUAUUAAGUUACAAGAAGCUAGGGGAAAAAUGUGUCUUUAAUAGAUUGUGAUAAUUUUGUACAGAUGGAUAGCAGAAGAGAAUCAUAAUGUUGUAUUAAUGCUUAUUUCUAUGUUGGAUUUACAAGGAUGUUAGAUAAAGAAAAGAAUUACAUAAAUAA